AAUUUAUAAAGCUGGGUUCUGUCGCUCCAAUAAUGUUUAUUUCGAUUUCAGAACGUUGAGCUAUCAGAUCUUAUGAGCUCGGAUUUGCUAUGUACAGGAAAUUAGUGGUACUAAUCCUGCUGAUCCACCUGGCAGCCGCGGGUCAGAUCCGGGAUGCGGCCGAGGAGAUCGAAGUGCCCCCUGCCCACCGGGCUGCUCCACCGCCGCCUCGCCAGGAAGCUGGAGCUGCUGCUCCCCCACAACCACUGGGGCCACCACCACUUGUGGGCUCUGCACCGCCGCCGAACUAUCCUUUGUUCUACCCAGCUGCGUGGCUGCCAUUCGGACGCUACAGCACCUCCAUUCCCGUCCACGUAGUGGCUGCCUAGGGGAUCGUCCGCCCACUGGCCAUAAGCUGCUCAAGGGACCCAGUUGUCCCUCCUGUUGAAUCCUUUUCCCUGUUAUGGUUGUCAGCUACUCGUUAUUGCCCGCUUUGAAUCAGAAAUAUAUUUUUAGACACGCA